ACGUCAUAUUUCUGCGCCGCGUGCAAUGCAACCGUGGAGGGCACCGAGCAUGGGACACCUUGGUGGUUUAUUACUCCUGAUCACAUCUCUGAUAUGCUUUUGCAACCGGGGUAAGAAACAUGAACUGCACAUAUUUGUGAAAAAUGGAUGAUUCGCUUGUGAGGAACGGUAUUUUUCACUGAAAGUGAAGGGAGGCGAGAGUUACGCUUGUCAUUUUGAAUGGAGUCUGAUCACGACUACUACUACUACCUUUAGCGUCACGUGUUUUCUUUUAUAACCCACUGAUGAUUAAUAAUGAUAAUAAUCCAGCAUGUCACAGUGUCGGUCUGUCUUGGAAAAUAAGGCUAAAGGUGUGACAUAUUCACUAUGUGCAGAUGUGAGUUUGCACUAAAGCUUCCAGCCAUAUGCAAGUAAAUUAAACACUGAAUGAAUUAGAUUUAGUUUCAUGUUUUCUUGAGAUUUAUAAACUUUGAUGUGAUUGGAAUGAACACAUUUUUCCUGAUUUGUUGGUUUGAAUGGCUCAACAGUGUGAUGGGUUACAUCUGGAGGGUGCAAAAUGAAGUUCUGCCCAUUUUUCAUGAUCUAUUUUGUUUUUUGUUUAAGCGAGUAUGACUUGAUAAAACAUAAACCAUCAGGUAUGACAUUAAUUUUCCUGACUUUUCAGGCUCUGUCUCUCUGAUAUAUGAUCUCUCAGCUCACUCUUGAACUGUUUGCAUGUGUUUCAGGUGCUUCGGCUCACACUUUGCCCACCUGUCGUGAGCAUCUGGAGUUCAGGUGUCAAGACGGCUCAUGCAUCUCUGUACUGAAUGUGUGUGAUGGACACAAACACUGUGCGGAUGGAUCAGAUGAACACAACUGUAGUAAGUACAAUAGAGAUGAAGUAUGAUAUCCAAAACUGUAAAAACACAUCAGCACCUGCAGUCUGGCUUGAGUUUCACUCGCUCUUCUUUUUUGGCAAAGUUCCCCAAACAUUUAAAACAAAACUGAUACGCUCCAAGAGUUUAGGUAAAUGAUAAGUACAUUUGGGAAAUAGAGGAUUUCAGAGUGCAGACAAAAGAAAACAAAGCGAUAUGGGAAAGGCAUAAAUACAGAAAAUGUGAGUUAAACAGAAUAGAAAUAGAAAAGACUGAAAUCAGUAAGCUGUUAAGAUUAAGUGAAACUGUAACUACAAAAUGGAGUGAAAAUUUAAAUAUGUGACUUCAGAGUCUAAAGUUUUGUUUUGUUUGUUCACCAUAAUCUUACAAUGUUUUAAAUUUCCAGUCAUAACCUUCAUUUAUAGACUAAAAGGAUCCCACUUUCAUGUGAAGAGCUUGUUCUUGAUACUGUGACUGUGUCUGCAGAAUACCAGUGCAGCUUUUUACUUUUAAUCCCAUUAAGUCAUUAAAGACUUUUACAUUGAAUUCCAGGGGGGAUUUGCCUUUCAUUUACCACAGUUUCAUCAUGCUUGCCUCGAUCAAAAUUACACAGAAUUCACUGUAUUUAGGAUGUGGAUUUAUAGGAUUGCAUGCCUCAUAAAUAACGCUGUUUGGUGUAUGGUAAGCAGGUGUGAAACCCUCCAAACUAGAGAGUAAAGAUGCAGCAACUGCAGCAGCUCUGGUUUUAUAUUGGGAGGAAAUAAGAGGGGGCAAAUGGAUAUGAAAGAGGAAAUAAACAACCGUCAACCAAUGAGCAAUUUCGGCCAUAUUAGAAGAGUUCAGAAGUGAAAUGUGAAGAUUUCAUGGAAUAUGGUCUCAUACCUGAUAGUCCAGACAUGUAUAAUGCUAUUAACUGAUUAAAAAAGAAAAGAAAAUGCAAGGAUUUUGCCAUAUCAUUGGUACUGUUGAAGUUUUAUCAAUUAAAAUUGUGGUUCUACCUCAAACUCCAUCAGAGCACCUGAAACCACACCCUCAGACCGCUCCAACAUGUGCAGCAUCAGAGUUUCAGUGUGGAGACGGGAAGUGCAUUCGCCAGGCCUGGAGAUGUGACCACUCAGACGACUGCUCCGACGGCAGCGACGAGAAAAGAUGCCGUGAGUGAUAACAGAGCACGUUUUUUCAUGAUUACCUUUAAAAGAAGUUAUUGUGUUGCAUUAAAUACACUUGAAGUGAGGGGAGGUGAUGUCAAAAACAUCGGGGUCAAUUAUCAUGUGAAGGCUUUUCUCCGACAGUCAGGUUGUCCAAACUGUAAAUGAACUCCGUACUGUGUUGGUUUGACCAGCAGCCAGUAGAGGGCAGGAUAGAUCUAAUCCUGACCUAGACGACUUCACAGACCGUCAUGUCCUUCAACUUGUGAAUGUGUGUACAGGUCCACUGGGUCACUAUUUAAUCUGUGUCCCCUGACAGUGAAUCACAUUCACUGUACAAGUAGAAGAAAGUCUUCAUAAACUUAUGACUGACCUGAAAUGUCAUAAAUUAAUUCUUUCUUUCUUUCUUUCUUUCUUUCUUUCUUUCUUUCUUUCUUUCUUUCUUUCGUUCUUUGUGUAGGAGCCAAAAUAUAUUUGUUGAAAGUUUUAUUUCUAUAGGGACAUAACUUCCGGUUUCCUGGUUUUGGGAUGUUUGGCGGGUUAUUUAAAAUCUCACAGGUGUAGUCAAACAAUGGGUUUGGUAAACGCUGAUAAUUUUCUGUUGACCGUUUUUGACCGUUUCUCAUCGUUUUUCACCGCUUCAUUCAUUCAUCCUGUUUAAUCUCAUUUCAUCAUAUCACCUUUUCAGUUAAAGGCAAAAGUUUCGGACCCGCAUCAGAGUGUUUUCUUUCUUUUUUUGAACAAUAAAUCAUUUUUAACAAUCAAACCGGACUGAUCAUUCAAGCGAGUCACAGAUGCAAGCGAACCUAAACCCCAGCGGCCUUUUAUGUUGAAGGAAAACAAUCGCUACACUUAGUUUGUUUUUCUUUCUUUCUUUCUUUCUUUCUCUCUUUCUUUCUUUCUUUCUUUCUUUCCUUCCUUCCUCCCUUCCCUCCUUCAUUCCUUCCUUUCUUUCUUCCUUCCUUCCUUCCUUCCUUCUCUUCUCUUCUACACCCCUCCCUCCCUGUAAUCUAUCUCUUUUCUCUCCAUCCUUUUUGUCUCUGUUUUUUUUUAUUCUUUAUAUCUCUUCCCCUAAUUUUUUCAUGCUCUCUAUGGCUCCCUUUCUUUCUUGUCUUUUCUCCCCCGCCUGUUUUCUCCCUCCCUUUCUCUAACCCUUCCCAGUUUUGAUAAUCAUAAUAGAUUUUUACAGUGCUUUUUAUCAGUGACCUUAAAGCGCUUAACAUUGAAUACUUAAUUCAUUCGCUCACACUCAUAUCCUGGUGGUGGUGGUAAACUACCUUUGUAGUCACAGCUGCCUUGGGGCAGACUGAUAGAAACAUGGCUGCCAGUUUGCGCCUACGGCCUCUCUGACCACCACCACACGAUACAAUCAUACACCAGUGCAGGACACAAACUGGGAGCAACGGGGGUUAAGUGUCUUGCCAAAGGACACAACAGACAGACUCUGGAUAGGGGGGAGUCGAACCACCAACCUUCACCAACCGCUCUACCUCCUGCGCUACUGCUGCCUCUCUGUCUUUCCUCUUUCUUUUGGUCUUUCUUCCCUCCCCUUUUUCUCUUCUGUAUUUUAACAUCACUCUAAUGUCCUCCUCUUUCCCCCCCUCUCUUACUCUAGUUUCUCAGUUAUUUGUUGUGUUCAGUUAUUUGUAGUUUCCCGUUUGUUUUACCCUCUGGUGUUAACGCGCAGGCUGUAAACCCCCCCCUACGACAGCAUAAAUCAACUUAACAGGGAAAAUAUUUGCUAAAGAAGAAUUCCAGAUGUUAAUUAGGGCGUCAUUCCUGGAGGACAAAAAGGGGAGACUCUUGCAGACUAGUUGUGAAAUAAACAGUCUGACCAGUUUUAAGCCAUUAAAAGACUCACAGAGCUUUCAUAGGUUUAUGUAGUGGACAGUCAGUGACAUUGAUGCACCUGUUAAAGAUACUAAAGUCCUUAAACAUUAUAGCUGAAUGAACUCCGGGCUUCCCUUAUUAACUCAUUAACACUUCAGGACUUGUGUGACUUUUAGCAGAUAUUUCUUUGAUUUAAAACACACAUUAGUUUGAUCACAUUUGAGUCUUUUUCUCACCCUUUAAAGUUUUUGUCUUGUUGUGGACACCCAAAAUCAGGACUCAAUGAGCAGACCACAAAUAUUCCUUUAAUUAUAGGACUCUUUUAAAGGAAAUAUGGACUGAUUAAUAAAUAUGUUCCAAAUAAUCAUCUGAUUAGGACCUUUGUGGAGGUUUGGAUAUAAUUAGACUAUCAAAAGAUGCGAUAAUGAUUUAAGACCCUGAUAAUUAAUAACUUUAUUCUUAUCAUAAAGACAGCAGUCUUUCUUUCUUUCUUUCUUUCUUUCUUUCUUUCUUUCUUUCUUUCUUUCUUUCUUUCUUUCUUUCUUUCUUUCUUUCUUUCUUUCUUUCUUUCUUUCUUUCUUUCUUUCCUUCCUUCCUUCCUUCCUUCCUUCCUUCCAUCUCCUGAUGAUGUAACUCUUGUUUUACAGAUCAGAACGAGUGUGAAUUCAACAAUGGAGGCUGCUCUCAUGUGUGCAGGGACCAAAAGUUUGGUUUCGAGUGUGAUUGUCCCGACAACAUGAGACUGAUCGGUGACGGUCAGUGUGAAGGUGAGCAUAAAGAAUUACUCUUAAAGUCACCAGUUGUGAAGCUUCCUCUGUAGAAGUGAAUGAACCAGUAAAGAGUUUUUCAUUUUAACAAGUUUAUUCAUACAAAGUGACUUAAAUCACCUGCUAUCCAUUUGUGUUGUUGAGUAAAAGAAGCUUGACUUUCUUUUCAUACGAUUCACACAUUUUCACGCUCUGCCCCCCAGAGAUCGAUCUGUGCCUGGACAGGGAUGUGUGUGAUCAGCUGUGCAUCCACACGAACGACAGCCUCACCUGUGACUGCCACGAGGACUACACAAUGAAUGUCACAACAAGAGAGUGCAGGGCCAAAGGUGAGGAAUGAAGGAUUUAUGAUCCUGCUAACAAACCGCUCAUUACUCAGUGUUCCCGACAAAGAUUCUGAGAUUUUCUGUUUGUGUUUGCUUUUAAUUUGUUGAGUCUGAGCGUGUAAAUCAUCAGCCAUGUUUCCUAUUUAAACAAGGAAAGCAGAUUCUUUUCCCUUCUGUGCAAACUCCUGAUAAUUACUCAGCCCGAUAACAACAAAAAUCUUCCUCUUUGAGUGUUUCCUCCACUAUCUACAGUGUCUUUUUUUUGUUAUCAACUUCAUACCAAAUCAGUCAGCUACAAAAAGUUACUGUGAAUAGAGGGAGGCCACUGAGUCUUUCCUCAGUAUUUUAUAUUUUUCAGGGUGACUGUGACGGUUGUACAUUUCAGUUUUUUAAUGCCAAAUAAGUGAGUGACGGCUUAUUUCAUCAGUGACUGAGUUAUGGGUUUGGCCUUGAAAAUGUCAGUCUGUGUGUUGCUUUAAACAUCUGAGAAGCUGUAAUGGAGGAAUCAUGACCUUUAAAGAAUCCGUCAAUUAGGCUGUGAUAAAACACACACACUGAGCUUUCUUGGUCUGCUCCGGAGCCUUGUUGUCCAAGCAUAUGCAUAAGGGUCCUCCUUGAAUACAUAUUUGCAGUUACGAUUCGAGUGUUAUCAGCAGCAUGUUUAGGAUUUGUAACAGGAACUAACUCAUCUGCUUCACCUAUAUGAACUUUGGGUCAUUUACUCUCAAAGGCUGUUCAAACCUCUCUCAGACAUCAAGUUAUCAAGUGUGGUAAUGUCAUAUCCCUGUUAACAUUCUGCCAAAAUAAGCAAGAACCAGUUAUUACAAAGAAAUGUGACAGCUGUUGAUUGUUCUCCUGAUACGAUCACUGACUUUGUACAUUCAUCAUGUUACGACUUCAAGGAUUUCCUGUUCCUCCUUGAUAGCCGUAAAGUUGAGUGGUGCCUUGUAAUUUAUUUGUUAAAGACCAACUCUGAUGAAAAUCAUGUUUUUCUUGUUUUUUUAUGUGUUCAUUUGGCAUUUUUCUGAUGCUACAGGACAUAUCAUGAGAAAACUAAAUGCGAAAUUGCUUCUCUGAGUAUUUCUUCAUUCAAAUCGUUGUUAAUCUCUGGCAGACCCAAACGGCAGGUUCAGAAACAGUGAGAUUUCAUACGUAACCAAUCCAAGCUCUGCUAUGCAGGCCACACUCUGCAUAUGGAGGAGAAAUAUAGAGGACGAUCAUGAAACAAGUGUGUGUGUUACUGGAUUGCAAUGCUCAUAAGAAAGCUAAUUAUGACAUUAACUUUCAUCAUGUCCCCAAAGACAUUAGUCUGAAUAGCUCCUAUGUUACCUGCCACUUCUACUACACCGGCAAUGUUAGGCUGCAAUGCUAACAUGAAGACAAAUGUGCAGAGCAGCGCUGUCUCUGCCCACGACUCAGAGGCGAAUUGCUAAUGAUCGAAUGGAGCCCUUCAACAUGACACAGGUAACAUGAUUUUGGCGAAGAACAUGAUCACACUGAGAACACUUUAAGUCGGAAAAAAACGAUCGGAUUGGGACUUUACUUUAUAACUGAACAUUAAUAUGACUGACAGGCUGAGCUUCUCACUCUCACUUGUUGGUCUUCUUGUAUCAGCCGUGCACUUCAUUUCAUUUGUGAAGUUGAUGCUUCUUAUGUACAUUUGAGAAACAGAACCUUGUCAGGGUUCAUAAAUGAUGUGUCCAAAGGGCUUUUAUCCCAUCAGCUCCAAAUGACAGAAACAACAUGUAUGUGUGUGUCCUAGGAGAUAAGGCAGAGCUGGUUUUCACCUCUUCUAAAGGGAUGCAACUUAUGAGCAUCACCAGCUCUGAGGUGAGGGAACUGUCUCCACGUGAAGCAGGUCCGGGUCCAGUGGCGGCUUUGGCCUCUGGACAGAUGCUCUUCUUUGCCCGGCAAGGACGAGUCUACAGGUAACAGAGUGUAUUCAGCUGCCACCACACAAAUACGACUCUAAUUCAUCAUACGGAGUCAAUAAAGUGCCAGAGGAACAGAGCAGCAGCAGCUUCUGUAAUUAUCUUAAUCAGUGAUGGAGACUUAAGGAGGUGGAUUUCAGCCAUCUAAAAGCUUCUUGGUGUUGUCGUAGAAAAACAUCAUCCCCAAAGCUAUAAAAUGAACCAUAAAUGACCAUCAGGAAUCUGGUUGGUCAAACACACGUAACACUGAGUUAGACCCCCCCCUCCCCCUGACAGUAAUGUGUCUGAUAAUAACUGAUAAUUUUGACAUUUUUACACACUGGGAUUGUUCUCUAGGGUCACUCUAGGUGAAAAGCAGCACGAUCGGGCGUUGGUGCUGAAGGGGCAAGGUUCAGUCUCUGGCCUGGCUGUGGACUGGAUCCACCAGCUCCUUUACUGGACCAGUACUGAGAGCGGUUCUGUUAAUGUUGGCCUGUUGGACGGUUCACAUCAGCAUCAGCUCAUCACGGGACUGGACAAACCCUCUGCAGUGGCUGUGCAUCCUCUUCAAGGGUAGGAGAGGCCGGCCUGGGAUGUUUGAUUUUUAUAUGAUCCUUUGUUUAUUGAGCCUAUGUCCACAAGUAAAGCGUCAGGGGUGAUUACUGUCUUGUGCCAUGCGAUAUUUACAGAUAAGGUUUGUUUAAAAGGUUUUACCGAAUAAGCCCAGCACCUGACGCACUGACUCAUGUAUGCACACAGGGAGAGGCAGAUGACAAGUGCACAAUAAAGGGAGAGAUUUGAGGUUUCUAGUAAAUGUUAAGAGCACUGCAUGUGUCAAACCACAUGAAUGUAGCUGCAAUUCAAAUACACUUUAUGUUUGACUCUGUUAGAACAUUUUUAAUUGUUAACUAUGAGGAAGAAAAAAACACUUUCCAUAAAUCAUUUUCCAUAACUUUCCAGCCAGAUUUGUUAAACUAAAAGAUAAUUUCAAGUUAUUAUUUAUAUUUUUAAUAUAUAUGUUAAUAUAAAGAGGAUGAUGUUUGUAAGCGGUGCGUUUGUAAUCAUUCAGGAUGCUCUUCUGGGCUCAGAGUGGAAGCUCCCCGAUGAUUGAGAGGUCCAGCUUGGAUGGUCAGAACAGAACGCCUCUGGUCUCCAGCUCGAUACGCCACCCUGUCGCUCUCUCUUUGGGUAUUUACACAGUUUUUCAUGACAUUAACCGGGCAGUGAAAUUUGGAUGUUGAACUUCCUCCAGUCGCGAUCAGAUUACAGAGGUUUCCUAAUGUUCGCCGAUGACAUUGCUUUCUAUCUUAGAUAUGCCUCGCCGGCUGCUGUACUGGGCCGAUCAGGGAAUGAGAAGCAUCUCCAGAGUUGAUCUUGAAGGUCGUCAUCGUAAAACAGUCGUAGAGUCUAACGGUUAUCUGGACCGGCCAUUUGGACUUGCUGUGUUUGAGGUAAAAUAAGCAAUUGAUGGAAACCAGAAUUAUGUUUCUAUACCCUUUACCCAGAAGUCAACCUGAUUAAACCUGCUCAACUGUAGAAUAAAAGAGGCCUUAAAGAAGAACUUUUGCAACCCUGAAAACAUCAUGUCUAAUGUAACACACAACAGAUUUUCAACUCUUACUCAUUAAUUCACAGAAAAAUAAAUUCUGUCUACUGCAGUCGCUUGAACCUUUUUUCCCCUUUGACUUUAAAAUUGUCUUAGUUUCUAAAAGUUUAAGUCAUGGAGAGAAAAUGUGUGCCAGGAAGUUUCCACAUACAAAUGUUUGUCUAUCUAGCUGUACUUUUAGUGUGUAUCUUGUGCUGUACAAACAUGAAUAUAAAAACAAGAUUUUUUGCAUGUAAGGUGUGUGCAUGCAAGUCAAGAAAAUCAAAAGAAAACAGAUAAAAAGUUUAAAACUCCUGAGAGGAUUUUUUUUGGAUCUUUAUGAAAUACACUUAAACUCAUAGCAAUGCCUUUUCAAGAGCAAAUAAGACCAUCAGUGACAAGAUUAACAAUUUAAAUCACAUUAUUUUUAAUGUCAGAAACAGGAGUGAGAGGGUGGGUGUCAGCCAAGUAGGUGAAGAAACUGCCCUGUUUACACAAUUUACACAUCAAAUUUUCAAGAGGGUAGAGAUUUUUGUCAAAAGUCAGGACUCAAGCAUGUAGAAGAGAAGACAAGCGGAGAUCGUUUUGUCCACAGGGGGGUGCCAAAACUGACACAAACUGAAAGUUCCUCACAGGAGCUUUAACAAAUGCAUGGGGAAAUUUACCUUGAUCAGGUGUUUUAAAAUAUCUAAAUCAGGAAUGCAAAUUUGAAGUUCUCUGUGUCCAAUCUUUGGAAGGUUAGUAAUGAAUUAUUGAUCACUCAGAAUGAAAGGGAGGCUUGCACAUAACAUCACAUCAGACGGCGUUGAUGCUGCUGGGAUGCAGAUUUGUGCCAGCUCUGCUCUUCUGGGAAACCUCCCUGCAUGACUCUUCAUCAGUCUGUUAGCUCUGUGUCUAAAUAUGGAGUUCUCAGUCUUUGUAUCUUUAGUAGCAACUGUUGUGUCUGAGAGACGUCUGGCAUUGAAACACCGUGCUGAUAACUGAAAACCAAUCAUUACUCAUCUCUACCCGAGAGAAAAUCAAACACCUGUUCCCGUUCAGUUCUUGAUUAGUUAUUAACAGCCCUUAGAUGCAAUAUUUCAUGAGUACCUCUAACCCAGCAUUCAGUAAAAGUAAUAAAGAUGCCCUGCUGAUUCUGUCCUCUCUGCUUCAGGGUUUUGUUUAUUGGAGUGAAGAAGUGACUAACUCCAUCUGCAGAGCCAGCAAACACGACGGCAGCAAGUUCCAGGUGCUGCUGUCCAACACCACCUCACCGGGCGGUGUGGCCAUCAUCCAGUCUGCUCUUCAACCAAAGGGUACGAUCGGUCAGUCAAUCAGCGACCGCAUCUUAUCAGUAUUUUUCACAUUUGUCAUGGUUUUGUUGAGGCUUUCGCUGUCUGGCACCCAGAGGUGCACUGGCUUUUAAAAGACAUACGGUCUGGUAGUCCACAUAGUUGACAGAUUGCCAUCUCGAGGCUGCUAAGAGGGAUUGUGCCAUUGACCAACAAAACUUGGCAUUGAGACAGAUACUAGCAUAAUCCGGAUAGUAAGUUCACCCAUAAAGGCCGGGAUCACCACUCUAAUACUGUGCUUGUUACACACACACACAACACACACAUGUAGCAGCACUCCAAAUCCCCACAUGAUAUCACCUCUCUGGAUUAUUGGCAUUUAAACAGACUUGAAAUGGAUGUAAGUGUUUUAAUCUAACUAUCGGAGUUAGAUGUAUCACAUAUCCAAACCUCGCUUUAUCCUAGUCAAGGAGCAAAUCAAACAAGAUAGACCAAAGUUUGAUUGAUUGAUUGAACUAGUUUGAAGACAGAAGAUGUUUUGACUAACAUACAAAAAUGUAAUGAGGCUUUCUCGACUAAAACUAGACGAACACUAUUAAAGGCAGAAAAGACUAAAAUGUGAACAAUGCUAAGAGGCAUUUUAGUCCAAAGACGAAACCUAAAACAUCUGCUAAUAUCAACACUGCAUCUCAAAUUGUGCAAUGAACAAACAGAGUUUGCUCCAAGCACUUCAAACUUAAUAGACACACGCCUUGAACUCUGUGAGUCAUGAGUGUGGAGACUUGUACUAGACAUCUGAUUUUACUCAGACUAAAACACACGUUAUAAAUCAUUAAGAUUUAGUACAACUCCUCUCGUACCCUCUGCCUCUCUGCGCACCCACUUUAUGUUUGAUUUUAGAGAUACAGGAUUUGUCAUACAAGCUGUAUAUGCACUUUAGACCUUGCUCUGUGGAUUAGUUUAAGAGGGCCCAAAGUUGGUUUGAAGCAAAGUAAAGGCCAAUAAAACAUACAAUACAAUACAAACUUACAUUAAAAGAUAAGGAAAUGAUUAAAUACAACAAAAGCCUGAUAAAAAUGAAUCAAUACUAAGAUAAAUACCUCUACAAACUAUGCAGCAGUGCCAAGUCAGACCCAAGCAUCUACUUUUAUAAAACCUCACUGCUGCAAUAAUGCUUAAUGUGUUGAUUGAGAAAGACACAGACCCUGUCAGUGCUGCUGACCUGUGACUCACCGCACUAAAUCAGCCUCUGCUGCCAGUAAUAGCUCUCACCCUGACUGUACAUCUCUCUGGUUUUUAGGGCCCUCUGUGUGCGGACAUCCAGAGACGGUGUGCCAGCAUGUGUGCGCUGUGGACCUGCUCUCUGACGGACUCAUGUUUAGCUGCAAAUCGCCCGAAACAGGACAAAACAAAUCUCGAGAGCUUCCUGGCGUCUCCCACAUGGUUCCCUCUUCAACUUUAUCUGAUCCUACAUUCGCUGGAAUCCUGUCUCUUAUCAGUAAGAAGCCGGUUUUCUCCGGAGAUGUUUUUUGUUUGAACAAAUCGUCAUCUCAUGGCUGCAGAAACCUCCUGUGCUUGUCUUUUCACUGGUGUUAAAAAUAAGCACUUUCCUGUAAGUGGGACAGGUCAACACACAUCCGCCAAUAAAGUAAAUCACCAAAGCAGCCCCACAUCUCAGACAUAUUUAGAGUCGGUUUGUGCGGCAUAAUUUUGCUGGGAAAUUUGAGUCCCACUUUAGUUCAUCCCAAGACCAACUAAAGUGGGUCUUUCUGUGACUCUGAGGGUGUCUGUGUGAUGUGGAGACGCUCAGAAGUCAUCAUGAUCACUCCCUUCUGAGUCACACAAACACAACAGGCAGGAUCUGUGAAUGUGCUCCCACACUACCAAAGAGCACAUUACGCCAACUUGACGUAAAAUGUGAAUAUUUUUGAGUAAAUCUGUGCCAUCUGACUCUGAGUUUGAAUUUCUAAAGCUGAUUUUUUUUGCAUCAAAAUCAGACUUUAAAUUUCAAAACCAUUGAAUUUCAAGCAUGCAUUUUUAUUUCUUAAGGUCCUUACACACCGCGAAAUUACAAAAUAUUCAGAGGCGAAUUUUGACGCGCCUGACUAUACACAUCAAGCGUCAUGCGAUUUUGCGGCUUUCCGGGUGGAAGCGAGAAGACUGACACAACAGCAGACUGACUGUUCUUCAGUUCUGAUUAGACACUAGUGUUGAGAUGUCUGUCUGUCAUGAUAGCAUGUACUGAGUCUGGGCCAGUACCAGAUAAGCACAUUAAACUAUAAUCCAUAAACGUAAGGUAACAACAGAGACCUAAUGGUGCUGUGACAGCAACGCGAUUGAGUUUGAGACAGUGAAAAUACAUAUGGUAUGUUGUAUCUGAACAGGUUACCUUAGAGCUAAAGUUACUUAGCACAGAGGAAAGUUAAAACAAAGACGUUUAGCAAACUGUUAAAGCACACAAACCAUCGUCAUAUGAGAAAUCCGACGCUAUGACUCUCCACAAGUUGUCCUUCAGGUCGUUAUCUUUGUAAUAUUUGUGUUUUUUAUUAAAAAGCACUCUUAUUAAAAAGCACGUAAACAAUCAGCCGGUCGGCCAUGUUGGAUAUACCGGUGAAUCUGACGUCGCAACAACACACAAUCUGAUUGGUCAGAAGUGGACCCACAGUAGGUGAAACUUUAGAAAAUAAUAUCGCAGGACGGGAAAACGUCGCUGAUGUGAACGCUUGUAUUGACAGGAUACGGGUUCGAAAAAAAAUAUUGACGUCCGAAAUAAUCGCACAAAAAAACGCUCCCGGUAUGGAAGGACCUUUACAUUUUUUUUUUUUCACAAUGAUGAAAUAAAUUCAGUGUAGAAAAUCGGUUUCUCAAAAUAUUCGUGUAGUAAAAAUUUGACUGAAAACUAAACUGGGGAAAAAAAUUCAACAUAAAAAAAAUUUCAGUGUCAAAUAAUCCAGAGUCAAACAGACCAACUCAACAUCGGAUAAUCAGGGAGAAGCAAUCGAUUCCUCAAUCUUCCACUGGGGUUGGUGCCACAUGACCAAUCCAGACUUAUUUGAUUGGCUGGACGAUGAAUGAUUGAGGAAUCGAUUGCUCUCCCUGGUUACCUGGAUGUUGAGUCGGUCUGUUUUACACUGAAUUUUUUUUCACAUAAAUUUUUUUUUUUUUUUAUGUAGAAUUUUUAUUUUACAGUUUUUUAAAGUUGAAUUUUUGCUUAAACAAACGUUUUGAGAGACAGAUUUUUUUUGCACUGAAUUUAUUUUAUCAUUAUGAAAAAAUAAGUUUCAGAAAUAAAAAUGCAUGUUUGAAAUUCAAUAGUUUCAAAAUUCAAAGUCUGAUUUUGAUGCAAAAAAAAAUUCAGCUUUAGAAAUUCAAACUCAUAAUCAGAUUGCACAGUUUUACUUCCAUACAAAAAUGUCCUGUUUUGGAGCUUCAUUUGUUCACGUUUUCUGAGAUUAUCAAGGAAUAAAGUGUUGCAGCUUUUCUUUCCACCACAGCUGCCGCCUGUUAUUUUUUUCCACUCAGAGGAGGCGAGGUGCUGAAAAUGAACGUCACCUUAACAAACCAUCUGUCAUGUCUGCUAAAAGCUCCAGAAAGUGAUUUAAUCGUGUGUGCUUUUGUGUGUUUGUUUGUUUGUGUGUGUUACUCCAGUGUUUCUCAGCGUGCUGCUGGUAGGAAUGGCUCUGUGGUGGUGGAGAGAGGAGCUCAGGCCGUCCACGUCUCUCACUCAGCAGAGCUUCAUCCUCAAAGAGUCCCAGGACCCGCUCAUCAUCCAGGAACCACCCGUGGGUCUCGUCAAGGCAAGACGAGUAUGUGAGCACACAAACAGACUCGCAUGAACAGGGCACACACACACAUAAACACACACAGGCGUCUUUAUACACUCUCAGAGAGGAGAUGUCAUUCAUUCAGCUGGACGUGUGUACACUGAGAUAUAUUUAACAGUGUUUAUUCUCCACCUCCCGGUUAUUUUGGAGGUCGUGUUUAUGAUGUGGCAAACAGGAAAAACACAACAGGCGUAUUCAGUGAUGAGAGAAAUUUUAUUUACUUUUGUCUGAAGGUCUAAAACUCUGUUUUUGACUUUCCUUUCUUUCAUGUGAGAAAUUUCUGCGCCCCUUAGAUUUUGUUUUUCGUUCUUUCUCACCAUGUGAUGUGACGCAGCCUAGUUGCUUCUGCACAUGCUUAUCUCCACUAUUACUAUCUAUCAUACGACACGCUCUAUGAGGCAGUUUAGUGUUCCAGUAAUUAAACAGACGUUUAUAAGGAUGAGACUGAAGCCGGUCAAUGCCCUGUGAUCAGUACCUCAAACUGUCAGUCUUGUUGUUGAUGGCUUUCUUUGCUUUUGUAUGUUGUAGAGAAACCUCACUCUUAAUUAUGGUCUUUUUUUUCCAAAACUCCUCAGCAGCUUUAAAGGGAAAUUCUGGUGUAAAACUAAUUUAGGGUCAAACACACUGUUACACCGAGUUAGACACCCUGUCGAGAGAUGAAUGUUGCCGAUCGCUUGCUUCUCUAGUUAUACCAACUUUAGUAAUGACCGCACGAUAGCAAUACACAGCGGUCUGAGGAGCCAUAAACAAACCUUAACUAAAAAGCCACUCUAUAGCCACAAAUAAUGUUCAGAACAUAUACGUACAGUACAUAUAGGGUCCUAGCCAUAGUACUAGCCACCAAACAUCUUUUUAGCUUUGCCUAAUUUCUUUGGCAAAGAGACUAAACACAACUCACCUACUCUCUUCCAGCAGCUGCUUGUUUGUAGCGAGACCUCGACCAGUCCAUUAAGGGCUACAGCGGGGUGACGCAGCUCAAGGAAGAACAUUUAUGAUCAUCACUUUAUCAUUUACUUGAAGUUAUAAUCAUCAUAUUAAUCAUUUUCACUGCAGACACAGUAGUUCUUCUGCCUUAGCGUCUUGGUCUGAUUGCAUUUCCAUGAAGACCUGAGGUCUCGCUGCAAACAAGCGGCUGCUGGAAGAGAGUAGGUGAGUUGUGUUCAGUCUCUUUGCUAAAGAAAUCAGGCAAAGUUGAAAAGUUGUUUGGUGGCUAGUGCUGUGGCUGGGACACUAUAUGUACUGUUGAUGAAGUUAGGUGCCGUUCUGAACAUUAUUUGUGGCUAUAGAGUGGCUUUUUGGUUGAGGUUUGUUUAUGGCUCCUCAGACUGCUGUGUAUUGCUGUCCUGCAGUCGUUACUAAAGUUGGUAUAACUAGAGAAGCAAACGGUUGGCAACAUUCAUCUCUCGACAGGGUGCCUAACUCAGUGUGUUUGACCCUAAAUUAAUUUUACGUUGGAAUAUCCCUUUAAGAGGAAAAAAACAAAAAUUAAUGCUAAUAAUUAUCAUUACUUCUAUCUUUUUGUUCUGAAUCCAUAGCUUAUGGACCUUUGACCCUGUUUCACUUCUUGCGUAGGCUUCACUUCAAAUCUCAAUUAACCCUCAAACCUUCAUGUGAUUUGAUAACUAAAAGAAAGGCCACAGCGGUGUGAUAAAGAGCUGCAGAGAGAUAUGGACCUGUAGUGGAGUUUCUGCAUGAACUGUAUCCCACAUUCAGGUGUGAGGUUGUUUCCAGUACAGAGACCCUCCUCCUGCUCUCUUUCUCUCUUGUUACAUUAAUUACAUUUGUUACUCCCAAUGUAUUUUCAAACUUUUAAAACCAGUAAGUAUCCAUUUUUACACAUAACGAUAUAACCUUUGACACAAAAUUAGACUUUAUCCAAAUUAAUUGCUUUAAAAUGUGUCUCUUAUCUGGACAAAUGAUGUUUUUCAGCCCUCUGAUAUAACAAGCAGAAGAGUGGUCUGAAACCCGCGGCAGUUAUCAGCCAUUUGAGACUUGCGUUGUUGCAGCCUUUGUUUUUAACCCCAUACUGGAGGAAAGCAGUGGCUCCUGAAUCACAGGAAUACACAGGUGCUUCCUCUUCAGGAAGUCAUGCUUUUCCCAAAAUUUGGGGGGUCUGGGGUUUACUUCAUUGUGACCACUCUGGGAUAUCAGUCGCUGAGCCUAUAUGCCGUGAUGUAAUUUUACCAAAAUGUCACAGCUUGAGACCUGAUGCAUCAAUCACAGACUUUUACAAAACAACAUGGAGGAAGAUGACCCUGAAUGAAAACCUUUAGGUGCUUUCCCACAGUUAGAAAGAGUUUGUUUGAGCUGGAUACCCUCUGUUUUUGUCUACAUGGAAACACCACAGAGCAGCUGUAAAGCACUGUGGCCAAAUAAAUCAAUAAAUCCAAUGUGGAAAGAGCUCUGCUAAAGUUUGAUUAACAGCUCAACUUAUUUGUAUUGAGCUGUGAGAUAAAUACAUCUGUAAACUACAGGGAAUUAAGGAAAGUGAAAAAAACACAGAGGUCACAGAGGGAACAAAAAUCAGUGUUUGUUUAGUGGGAGUUAAAUCAGCUGUUGUGAUCCCCACAUGAAUGUACAAGCACAAAAAUCCUGUCCAAGUCUGAUUCUCAUGUUUAUUCUGUUUAAUAUGAGAAAAAAAGUCUCUUCAGUUUCUUAGAAAGCACUCUGGCAGCUCCUCGGAUAAACACACCUUGACCUGCUCCCCUCAUUUCAUUGGCUUAUGCUGUGCCGCAUGUCAACUAAGCCUGCUGCCUCUCUGCCGCCAGGAAACUCUGCUUAAGCUGGACUUGGAAGGUGAAUGAAGGCGCCACGUCACACACGACCAGGCUUCCCCUGGUGCCAUCUUAACCCCGCAGUGACCUCCGGGCUGAGAGGAUGAGGGCGACAGUCCAUCUGGUUUUACACAAGGCAUGACUGGAUGGAAAAUAUUAGAUAGAGCAAAAGUUUUUAGGUCCAAAGAGCGCUCUAGUGGUCCAUCAAGGUUUUCUUUGAUGUGUGAUUUUUUUUUAUAUUGUGUAGAAGCUAAGAGCAGCUGUGAAAAAAAAAAACAUCUACCUAGCAGGUUCAUUUUCUAAACCCUGUCCACAAGCACUUUCCCAAAAAGUUCACAAAAGUUUUGUUGUGUCAAAAAUCUAAUUCAUGUAGACCAACUCAGUUGUUGAUGGUUUCUUGUUUAGCAUGAGAACAAAACUGUGAAGGUUUUAAUCUCAUGAUAUGAGUUCUAGAUCGUAGAAUUCAAGGAUUGGUGCUUUUUUUCCCAGAACACAAACUAACAGACAUUUGAACAAAACAGUAAAUAGGUGCAGCUUUUUAUAGACCAAAUGAUUAUGCAUAAAUCCAGUGAAAAACAAAUGUUCAGGUGAGUUUUAUUUAGUGGUUUAGUUGCACUUUCUACUUAAGAUUUUGAAUGUUUGUUUGUUUGCAGUGUUACAGCUGGCUUUUACUUUUCAACAUCAAACAUCUUUGUCUAUAAUUAUCUAUGAAUUUAGAAAACAAAGUCUUCCACUCGCUGUUCACGGCCUUCUAGCAUUUUUAUGCCUUUAGUUUGUCACUUUUGGACUUUUGUUUGUCCGAGGAUCCGUGCAUUGUGAAUAUCCUUUGCAUGUAGAAAAAUGUUAAUUGUUCACACACUGGAACUAGGGGACAAUUUACUGGACAUAUUAAUCAUCAGUGCCUUACUAAAACGUAGGUGAGAACACUUUUGUAUUUGCAAAUCAUAGUGAAGGUGAAGCUGCUGCUUUCCUGAACAGUGACAGCAACACCUUUUAAAAGUCAACUUUCUUAUGCAAGAAAUGUCCAGCACAUGACCCCACAAAAAAAAUAAAGAAAACCCAAGUUUUAUUUUUAAACUUAAGAAAUUUCAUAUCAUAAAAACAAAAAAAAUGUAGAAUUGGGUUUACGAUGGUCCCACAAGCUGAGUUUGCUUCUUUAAGUUUAAAAAUGUUCGUCAACAAAAGAAAACUUAAUGUGACAACAUGAAAGAAAUACUUUUCACAGUAUAGCCAUUUAUUAAAAAAGUGUUUUUUUGUGCAGAUGUGGACAUGAUAAGCUGAGGGAAAGGUAAACAGUAUUGGUGUGAUAUGAGUUUGAGCGUCAGGAGAUCAUUUUAACUGUUUCUUUCUAGGACCUGAAAAGGACCAGCGUCAGAUCAGCUCCUUGGUACAGUUUUCCUGUUUUCUUUAGGUUAUCAGCUGCCAGAUUGUCAGUUAUAUUUCUUCCACAAAAAAAAAAUGAAAGUGGUAGCGAUCUGUGUCCAGCUUUCUGUCACAAAAGGUUUGUCAAAUAUCCUUCUUUUCAUUCAAGAAUAAACCCAUCCAGGGUACCACUCCUCUAGAGAAUUAAAAAAAGCGCACAAAUAAAACGAAGUCUGUAAAAGAAAACGCACAAAUGAAGCUAAGACUGUAAAUCGGCAUUAAUGUAACCUCUGUCAACAGUGUUGGUAAAGAGAGGGAGGAUUUCUUUGGUUGUUGGUUUGGUGAUAAAUUAAGAGAACUUGUGGUACACUGGGAACAAAUAUGUAAUGUUUUUUCUCCUUGUGGGUUUCGCUGUCAUGCAAAGAGCCUUAUUUGUGUACAUUUGAAUGUUUGGUUGAUGGACCUGCCUUUGUUUCUGUGAUCGUCUCUUUUCUUGAAAUGCAUCAGCACUAUUUGAGAGAAACUCUUAGUGUGCACAAACUGCUGGAUUGUGUGGUUGGUAUUUAUUUGUAAGGGUAGUAUUUAUUUUUGAGCAGCAGUACGGUUAUUGUAGUACUGUAGUCAUGAGGACAAAACUGUUAGAUACUGUAAAUGACUCAAAUAAAGUAUUUUAUUUUUCCCUCAAAGUUUUGUUUGUGUUUGAUUUUUAUACUUCAUUGUUUGCAGCAGAAAAUGUAAAUACCUGAAUUCUCAUUGUUAGUUUUACUGUCCCUGUUUUUAAGACUCAAUACUUUAUGGUUAUGAUCAAGCACAUUCAUCAGUGUGGACUUAUCUUAAAGAUGCAUAAACUAGUUCAGUUUUACAUGAAAUAAAAGAUCUGCUUUAAAGCCAAAAAUCAAUGUCAAAAUGAUCCAUGACCGGCACUCACUGCAUGUUUACCUGAUACAGUUUACACAAGAGAUUAAAGUCAAGUAGUCUUCACUGCUCCUGCUACACCCAGUCCUGUUUCAUUGGGUUACUUUCAACCGGACUCAGUUAUGUGUACAGUUAGGCUCCCCAAAAGUGUUUUUUUAAAGCUUCUGUAACAUGAAACUAUGAAAACACACUGCAUCUAAGCUUUGCAAUGUUUUUAAAAAAAGUUAAAACAAAAUGUAAAGCGGUUUUAGCACUUUUUCUGUACCUUCCCUGAACACAUUCAUGCAUUAUGCAUCUGCAGUAUUAUAGAAAACAUUAAUAUACAGUUUGUGUCAUUCUGAACUGUAGGUUUAGAGCCACGUUUAAGACAAAUAAUGGACACUGUAAAGAAUUAUUUAAGUCCAUACAACAAAAUAAUACUUACUCCUUAUGUGUUAGAAACCAGUCAUUAAAUAAUAUGACUGCUUUAAAGGAUUUAAUGUGGAUCUAGAGUCUGAAAGAGUUGAUGUUUCCUCCUCCUCACCUUUAAGUCCCUCCACGGCCUACCACCCCCCACCUGUCUGACCUCAUUGUCCGCCACACCCCGAACCGCCCCCUCUGCUAAGCUGAUGCAAACC